AUGUCAAGCCCACUAGUCACUCGCCGCAACGGCAAGAAACAAGCAUGUGAACCGUGCCGUCGCCGCAAAGUUGCAUGCGACCACACUUAUCCCAUAUGUCGGCGAUGCAGUAGGCGACCCAAUAGUGAAGCAAAUUGCUAUUACGCUUCACCCACUCAGGAAACCGCCGGUGAGGCAUCGAGGUCACAGGGCUCAGCACAAACAGCGACAGCAUCUAGCUCACAGCCGCUUCCAAGCAGACAACUCGGUCCUGAUGAUAGAUUAUGGAGUUCACCUGCGGCCCGAGCACCGGAUGGAUUCUUUGGUCCGGCCAGCUUCACGGCUGCAUAUCUCGAGACCGAGACCAGUCUUUCUGCAGGAGAUCCUUCUGUUCCCGAGCGUGUACCGACUCCAACGCCCCCAUCUAUAGCCGAGAUACAUAACAUGGCAAACAUGGAUCAAGGAGCGAACAACCUAGCUACGAGAAUCUUACAAGCCAUUCCAGAACAACCACCUUCUGAAGAUCGCUGGUCUGGUCUAAAUUGUGACGACUGGGUACGCAUAGUGGGCAAGAAAUUGGUCGAAAGCACAUGGGCUACACUCGGACCCUAUCUGCGAAACCAGUCGCGCCUUCAAUGGUUGGGAAGCAUGAUUUAUAAAGAGAGUUUCGACAGAUGUCGCGAGAGUCUUGAUUUAGAUGGGUGGGCUAUCGAUGGCCGUUUCCGCGCCGUGACUGUUUUGAGGAUUCGAAUGAAGAUUGCUCUAAUCCGAGAUAGGAUUCUGGAGUUUGUCAUGGGUCACAAUUGUGUCCAUGACAACCGCGACUUUCUGAGCAUCCGUGAGGAAGAAGAAAAGCUAUAUCGCGAGCUACCAAUUCAUUUUCUUUACAAUCCCGCCGACGGAAUGCAAGACUUGGACACCGAAGGGGCACAUCAGAAAGUACUAGUCAGGUUGGACCAUCUGCUAAACAUGUUCCUCAUAGAGCGAUUGCUUGUGAAGCGUGAUCUUAACUCCAACAGAAAGGAUCUCUUAGUAAUUAGCUUCGAGAUGGUGGUUUUGACUUUGAGUAUCUGGACCCAACGGCAUGUAUGGGCUGAAGUCAAGGGCGAGAAUCAAUGGACAAUAAGAUCAUAUGCAACUCUCGCCGGUGCCAUCCUCUGCAUGGAGACCAUAAAUCCCAACCCAGUGGAAGACAUUAACACAACUAUCGCGGGCGAGACAUACUCACGCUCGUCAAUCAUUCAACAACUAAGUCUUCUCGCCGGAUCUUUGGGCUCGUCUCAAAGUUCUACAUCGGUAAAAGUCAGGGCGGUGAUUAAAAAGGUGCUUGAUCACAUCCUUAAUGAUCCGAGAGGACCGGCGACGCCUGUUGAACUGGAAGGGUUUGACUUUAAUGCUGAUUGGGAUAUAUUUACGCAGCUGGAUAACAUGGACUGGCUGAUGGAUGAUAGCGUGGAGUCAUCCAAUCGUGAAGGGUUUUGA